UACACCUGCGGCAAACUUUACCCACACGACCACGUCGCACGGCAUCGCUUGGGUGCUGUAGUGAGAUGAUCGUCCCUUGCACGACGAGAGACCAGGUACCGUGAAACGUCCGUUCUUUUGGGCAGUUGCUUGCGUCUUCUUGAUUCGGGGGCUUCGUUGUCUCAAUCGGAACUCUCAGGUAUAUGCAAGCACUAUAUCUUCAACCCUCCCAGCGUUCUGCUCUUGUUAGGCACAGCCAGACUACGUUUCUAUGAAAUAUUCACUCAUUGCUGGCCUUCUGGCCGUUGCUGGUGCAAAUGGCAAACCGGCUUCCCACAUCGAAAGCGAGUCCGUCAACGUUGAGACUUUGCGCACAGUGCCCCAAGGAUGGACUGCAGUCGGUACUCCAGUAGGCCAUCGCAAGCUCCCCUUCCGCAUUGCUGUCCGCUCGGCCGACAGCGAUAUCCUCGAGCGAACAUUAAUGGAGGUCUCGGAUCCAAGCCAUGCCCGCUACGGCCAGCAUCUCAAGCGUGAUGAACUCAAGGCUCUCAUCAAACCCCGUGCAGAGUCUAGCAAAGCUGUUCUCGGCUGGCUGGCAGAGUCAGGUGUCAGCUCUGAGGACAUUAAGAACGAUGGUGAGUGGAUCACGUUCCACGCUCCUGUUGAGAGGGCCGAGUCAAUGCUUGGUACUACCUUCAAGACUUACCAGAAUCAAAUUCGCCGAGAUGUGAAGAGGGUUCGAUCUCUGAGCUACUCCGUACCAAAGGCCAUCAGGGACCAUAUCGAUCUGAUCGAGCCAACCGUUCGUUUUGGUCAGAUCAAGGCAGAGCGCAGCAACGUCCUCACACAAGAAGCAGCCCCCUUUUCCGUUGCUGCUGUCAACGCCACAUGCAACACCACCAUCACCCCUGCUUGUCUCAAAGACUUGUAUAACUUCGCCAACUACAAGAUUGAUCCUAAGGGUGCUGUCAAACUCGGUGUCAGCGGGUUUCUCGAACAGCUGGCUCGCUAUACCGACUUGCAGCAGUUCGUUUCGACGUUUGCGCCGGCUGCUGGAAGCAACUUUACCUCCACUUCUGUAAAUGGCGGCACAUCGGAUCAGAACGCAACGGACGACAGCGUGGAGGCUAACCUUGAUAUUGAAUACACAGUGGGAUUAGUUGAUCCCACCAUCGAGACGAUCUUCUACAGCACUGCCGGACGUGGCAUCCUCGUUCCUGACCUGGAUCAACCGAGCGAGGCUGACAACGCAAAUGAGCCGUAUCUUGAUUUCUUUACCUAUGUUGCUGGACUCCCUGACGACGAGCUUCCCCAAGUCCUUACUACAUCCUAUGGUGAGGAUGAGCAAAGCGUACCUGCGACUUACGCUAAGAAGGUGUGCGACAUCAUCGGCCAGCUCGGCACUCGCGGUGUGUCCGUAAUCUUCAGCAGUGGAGAUACUGGCGUGGGAUCAGCAUGCCAGACCAACGAUGGCAAGAACACAACCCGGUUCUUGCCCAUAUUCCCUGCCUCAUGUCCUUAUGUCACUUCAGUCGGCGGCACUUCCAAGAUCGAACCAGAACGCGCCGUCAGCUUCUCCUCAGGCGGCUUCUCAGACCUUUGGGAGCGCCCAGCCUACCAAGAUGCGGCUGUCGGCGUAUACCUUGAGAAGCUUGGCAGCCAGUGGAAGGGCCUUUACAAUCCUGCUGGACGCGGGUUCCCAGAUGUCGCUGCUCAGGGUCAAGGCUUCCGUGUCGUUGACAAAGGCCGCCAGAUCUCCGUUGGAGGUACUUCCGCAUCAGCGCCUGUCUUUGCUUCCGUUGUCGCUCUCUUGAACAACGCCCGUCUUGCUGCUGGACAACCGUCUCUUGGCUUCCUGAACCCAUGGAUCUACAGCAAGGGCUACCAGGGCCUCACUGAUAUCAAGGAUGGAGGUUCGACUGGAUGCAUCGGCAGAUCCAUCUACUCAGGUCUCAAGGCGCCUCUGGUGCCCUAUGCGUCCUGGAACGCAACUGAGGGUUGGGACCCUGUAACAGGUUACGGUACUCCCGACUUUGAGAAACUGCUUGAACUCUCGCAGGGUCAGUCGAACAGCUCGUACAGCGUGCCUCCGUCAUAGGAGCUGCACAUGUCCGUAACAACCGUGUAGACUAGCGUAAUAACUCCAAUAUGAACAAACCUCCAUUUGCUGUUGCUUUGUCGUGGGAUUCUGGUCAUCAAAGCGGAGUGCAGAGGCGUGACUUUUGAUCUGCGCGAAUGCUGCCUCGCUCCAUUAGUUCGUCUUUCGUACACCCUUCAGAGUUUUGUAUACUUCACGAGGCUGCCUGAUCAGCACAUGGAGUUACCAAACUCUUCGCUGUCUCGUCUCCG